UUCAUAGCAACCAAACAUGGAUUCAAUAAAGAUAAAACCUUUCACAAAUAAGGAUAAUUAUAAAGCUUGGAGAAUGCUAAUUAAAUUAUUGCUGGAUACAAAGGGUAUAAAAAUAGACGGUAAAAAUGAGGAAAAAUUGGAAAAUAAGGGGAAAUUUAUAAUAUUUAGUUAUAUUGAAGAAAAAUAUUUACAUUAUGUAAUUAAUUUGGAAACAAUUAUAGAAAUUUUUGAAAAAUUAGAUUUUAUGUAUGAUUAUAAUAUACAAGGACAAGAUAUAAAACACGUAAUGAAUUUUUUCGAGAUGCAAUAUUCAGGAAACAUAUUAGAAGAUAUAAAUAAAUUACAAAACAUACAGUUUGAAAUCACUAGUAAAGAGAACAAAAUUUCAGAACAAACAUUUAUGCACAAAAUUUUAAAUUUAUUACCGGAAAAAUUUAAUACUUUCAAAUCAAUUUGGAACAAUAUAGACGUAGAAAAGAAAAAUUUAGACGAAUUAACCCGAAGAAUUAAAAAUGAAUUGGAAUUCACCAAAGAAGAUUCUAUCAUAGAAUCCCGAGAAAUUUUAAAAGGAAACGAAAAGAGAUGUUUCNAAUGA